AUGAAAAAAUUGGAUCCCUCAUUGCUUUCGCGUUUAAUUUACUAUAUAAAUUUAAUAAAUAACUCUUUCAAAUUAAGAACUUUCAUUUUGUUUUUAGUAAAUGAGUUUAUUAUACUGUUAGUCUGAUAUACUUUGAUGUUCUUUUGAAACGAGUGUUGUAGAAAGAUGACCGCAAACGAAUCAGAGGUAAGGUAUUGGGACGCGGGUAUUAUAGGAGUAGAAGAAAGGUGUUCAAAUUCAAAUAAGUUUGAUUCAAAGCCAGAAUUGUCAACGAUGAAUUAUGAGGUACCAACUGUGCCUGACGAAACAUUUCAGAACUCGAAAAUUAACCACAAUAAAAACGGCAUAAUCGAAACAAAUGUACGCGACACCUUCGACGAAAAUCGACAAGCGAAAGGAGAAGAAUCAUAUCGAGAAAAUUUUUCUCCUUACAGAUCCAUGAUUUCAAAUUAUAACAACGAAAAUUAUACAGAGCCAAGUAACCGAGUUUAUCAACCUGAUCCGAGAUACAUUUUAAACUAUUCAAAUGGAUGCGGACCAUACAAUGGCCGUGAAAAUCCAACGAAUCCGCAUGGAAUUUGGCAAAUGCCGUCAUUCUGGAAAGCAAAAGAAGAAGAUACAGUCCCUUUGUAUUUCGACAAAACAGAGCGAUCAAAUUCACAUUUGACUUUGAAUACAGCAAGCAUACAUGCUAACGGUAUUUCAUUAAAAGAAUCUUCGACAUUGACAUCUGAACAAAACCUCUCUGAUUUUGGGAGACAAUCUUCAAGUUUCGAUCGAAUAAACGGCAUACAUAGAAAAGAAACACUUUCGACUGAUGUGAAGAAUGCAAAUUCAUCUUCACAGAAAUUUGACGAAAUGCCAUAUUCAAACAACAGUGUGCCAGCGGUUGACGUGAACCCUCUACAAGGAAACACCCAUUCCGGAAGCGCAAGCGAAAAUGAUGAAAGUGUCUUCGAGACCGAUUCCUUUUCGUCCCAUCAAAAUGGCGGCAUAACGCAUGGGGAAGCGUCGCCAUUGUCGAGUGAUGAUGACGCACAGUCUUCAGAUAUUCCGCCAUCAAAUUCCUCAAACAACAGAGAAAAUAUAAAGAAAAAUAAGAAAUGCAGAAAACCAAGAACCAUUUACACUAGUUUUCAACUUCAACAGCUCAUGCACAGAUUUCAGAGAACGCAGUAUUUAGCAUUGCCGGAACGUGCCGAACUUGCGGCUUCCCUGGGUGUUACACAAACUCAAGUAAAAAUUUGGUUCCAAAAUCGGAGAUCGAAAUGUAAGAAAAUGUUGAAGCAGCAAAUGUUGCACAACCAACAUGGAUCUCCAAGUAGUAUGCUGUUGACUUCACGUUUAGGAUUUCCACAGGCAAGAUCGUCGACAUUGUCGGGACAAGAGUUUUCGUUGCCCAUCACAUCCUACAGCGAUAUCACCGGGUAUUCCGGAUACGACUAUCAGUCGAAUAUACACGAAAUGCAGAAUCCACGCCAUUGGGAGAUAUCGCACCAAGCUUCGGCUGGUUUGCGUCAAUUGAGAAGCUAUACAAGCGCCUCUGAUUAUCCUCGGUCGCACACUAUACCAGAUAGUCGACGAAACAUUCAAGAAGAGACCACAAACUCCAUUCAACACAUACAAUCUCCAACGAGUAUGGGAUGGAACGGUUUUUCUGAUUAUCGAAAUUCGAAAACAAAUCAUUAUAAACCGAACGUUGGAGCAGAUUUUCAAACAAAUUCCAAUAUUGUCAUGCAACCCAGCAAUGCAACUGUUAGCGAACUUCAACAUACGGUAGUUGAUUUCCAAAAUACAUCCAACAGAAUAACUAGUUGGAAUUAAAAAGCAGUAAAUGUUUGAUUUUUGAUUAGGAAAAAAAUAGUUUGUUCCCCGUUCGAGAAAGAAAUGAAACAAUACGUGAAUAUGGUCUAUGCGUUUUGCAUGAUUCAAAAACAAAACUGCCGGUGACAUGUUGUUUAGUUUAUAGGAACGAAGUUCUGUUGGGUUGUUAGGAGUUGGGACUAUAGUAAAUUUGUGGUAAUUGACCGAUAUUUUAUAAUAACUAUUCAUGUAUCUUUGUGAUUAAGGUUUAUCGAAAUAUUUUCCAGCAACGGUAAAUAUGGGAGCCAAAUUUUCUAUGAUAUCAAUUUCAAUACUGAAAUUCAAACAAAACAAUUCAAUUUCUUGCUCCACAAUACAAAUGCUUGAAUUUCUUGUUUUUAUUUCAAGUAUUUUCUGAAUGUAGCCUUCAUUGUUUUCAGAUAAAAUGAUAGUCAUUGAAGUAAUUUUACUUGCAUUCAGGCCAAAUAUUGGAACAAGCAUUUGCACAUUUUAAUAAAUAUAGAAAAUUGAAAA